AUGGCGUUUCUCCGACGGUUCCUCGGGUCAAACAAUCAGUUCGAAGUCGACGGGAAGCUCGUGCUUGUUGCGGGCGGAUCAAGGGGUCUGGGGAAAGCGUUCGCUCUGGAGUUGGCUGCGAAGGGUGCCAAUCUGCUGCUGCUUGCACGAUCUGAGGCUGCCCUCCGACACACGCAGGCUGAGGUCCAAAGAGCGUGUACGAACUCGAAGCAGAUCGUCGAUGCGAUCCCAGUUGACUUGACCAAGCCCGACGAGGUAGUUAUGCUUGCAUAUUCAUCGCAAGGGAUACUCGCUGACCGUGUACAGAUCCACGCUGCUCUCAAUCACUACCAUACCCCCGAUAUCCUCAUCUGCACCGCAGGCGGAACUCCCACGCAAGUCGGAUUUCUCGCCGACAUCUCCCCGGAAGCCAUCACGUCGUGUGUAGACCUCAACUACUAUACAACAAUCUUCAUCGUGCAAUACUGCCUGAAAUUAUGGCUUGCUGCCGCUCCCACCGCCUCGCCGCGUCACGUCCUCCUCACGUCGUCCCUGGCAGCAUUCUUGGGCAUUCCGGGCUUCAUCGCAUACACACCAACUAAAGUCGCGAUUCGCGCAUUAGCAGAUACUCUGCGCCAGGAGUUCCUUCUCUACGAUGAAAACAUGUUUAGAGUCCACGUCAGCUUUCCGGGACCCUUCAUCACCGAGGCCUUCUUCGAUGAACAGGACAAUAAGCCUAAUUUGACCAAGGCGCUUGAAGGAACGAACCUGUCUCGCACAGAACUGGAGCAGAAGAUUCCGUCGGCUCGCACCAUUGCGAAGAGGAUAAUCACUGGGGUGGAGAAAGGCAAGACCUAUGUACCUGUGGAAUGGAGAGGGGAUAUGCUAUUGAAUAACAUGCGAGGCCCGAGUCCGCGUUUCUGGACUCUGUGGGAUUUCUUCCUUGGUAUUGUGGCGGCUUGUGCGUGGUGGUUCUAUCGCAGGUCUUUCGAUCGACAGACGAGGAGGUUUGGAGUCAGCUCCAGAUAUUCGUAUUGA